CCAGUCAGUCAGUGUACUGCGAGCCACGGGCGAUGACGUUGCACCGGCCACCGGGCCGAGGCCUGCCGCCAUGAAACCGCUGUCGUUCGAGAACCUGCGCCGGCUCGUCGGCGCGGGCAAGAAGAAGAAGGACCGAGCCGAGUCCUCGUUCAAGAGGAGUGAUUCGUUCAAACGGAUUUCUAUCCGGAAAAAUUAUCUAGAUCGCGGUGGUAAGGGGCGAAACCCCCUGAAGGCGGAGAGGAGGAACGCCGGUUGUGCAGUGGCGAGUGUCGAUGUCGCAGCGAGCGCGGAUCCAGGCAGUGCGUGUACGGUGCCGACUAUCAGUGAAAACGUAGCCGAGCCAGUGGUUAUCGGCUACGGCCAGUGGAUAGAGUGCAUCAGAGCCGAGGAUUAUGAGAGUGCCGGGAAGGAGUGCGCGAGGUCCCCCUCGAGGGAUAGGAAACCUCCGACGCCGCCGCCCAGGAAGAAGUACAGUUCCCCUAGUGCGGAUUCCUCCUUGGAGAUACUCAGGUUUGAGAAGUCCCCCGUGUUUGUGCGCCGGCGGUUCCGCAUGUCUCCCCCGCCGUCAUUGAAGGUGUUGGACCCGAAGAAUGAGGAGCGAAGUGACUCCGCCCUCAGUAUCAGUCUGGGACGAGUGUGGAUGGACGCCCCGAUGGCUAUGGCGAACGCUCCCAGGAGCCUGGAGCUGCCCAGACCGUCGUCCUCCUCAGUCGACGCCGACGUAGCGGCGCGUAGAGCGCAUCACUCGCUCGAGAGUGCUCUCAAAGAUAGAAGGGACGAUAAACCCCAUUGUUCCCGACGGUUCCAUAACUACCCGUCUCGUCCUCUCUCCCCGACACCUUUUGUCAUGCCAAACCCUUCCGCGAUAUGCAGGACAUUGUCUUCUACCACUCAAACCACUUCCACCAGCAAAACUAUAUCGUCUAGAGGGUCUUUGGAACUCUUAAGUACAAGUAAGGAUUCGGGGUUCUCGUUCUCUAUUUCCAUUCCAAGGUUAACAGAUUUUGGGGCACCUAGUUCUGGCGGUGGUGGUGGAUUCUUUCGGAAGAAAAAGGCCAACAAACCCAAACCGAGUGUCAGUAGGGAUGGAUAUUUUAAAAGGACUAGUGGUGCUUACAAACUCGGGGCCGAUUCGCCUAAGCGAGGGUCUAUUCGGAGAACCAGUAGUCGGAAGGUUAACUCUAAGGGUCAUUUCGGAAAGAAAAAGUCCUACGGCGGUACAGCGCGAAGUGAUUUGUAUCAGGUGGUUAUCAGUAGACCUCCGAGGUCUUUGAAAUCUCUCAAACUAGAUCCCAUGAUAUUUGUGCCUCCGGAAAAACGCAAGACGAACAACACUAUGCGGAAACCAGCCCGCUUGGAGGUGCAGGAAAUCCGGGACUACUGUUCGCCCAGAGACAUGAAGAGGUCGGAGGAACCAGCGUACGACGAGGACGAGGGGUUGUACGAAUGCAUCUCUGGAGACAUAUCAGACGGUAGUAGUGACGAUGACGGCCGGGAGUCGCGGAGGAUCCAGUUCAGAGAUCUGAGCGACAACGACGCCGACACAGAGGACGAGACCUACGCGCCUCUGGGGGUGUCGCCGGUGCCUGGGCGGCGACCUGUGCGACGCAGGAAGUCUGCUCGCAAAAACGUCAAGUAUCUGGUGAAGCCAACCAUCCAUCGUGCACCGUCCACGCUCAAGAAGAACAGGAAAAUGACAAAGAAAACAGGGGACAUCACACAAAAAGGAUACGAGAAGAAGAGGACGCGGCUGCUGGCUCCCUAUGUCCCCAAACAAACCCAAGCACGCAGCAGCCAGAGUCACUCUCACUACAGCCCCAACACCAGGGCCAGACGUCGCGGCAACAGACGCCUCACUCGCAACGAGAGUAGAUACCACUCAGAGGUGCGGCAGGAGGCUGUACAACAAGCCCUGGCAGCCAUGCAGAACAGACCAAAGCCUUCCCUGCCCAUGCCCAGCAAGCGUACCUCCGUCAUGGCCAAGAGUCCGGACCGGGACCACCACGACUCCGCAUCCAGCUCGGAUGACGAGAGUGUGGGGGGAGGGGAUGCUGGCAGUACACCCGAGAGAGAGAGAGUGAGUAGCCGAGGGGUGCAGCCUCUACCUCCACAGUCUGACACCAGCAGCACUGGGUCUGCACGAGAGACACCUCCUCAGCAGCGACAGAUACACAGGCACACAAGGUUACCAAACGGUGGUGGUGGACAGACGGUAUGGGAGGAACACAAACGCAACAAACACGAGAUCACAGACUUGGCAGACGUCAUGCACAACCUCAGACCUUAUUCACAACCACCGGACGUAACGCACAACACCGCACAGUCAAGACGCAUUACUCCAGCGGACAGAGUCAACAGAUAUAACUCUUCACGCCAGUCUUCGGACGACGGAAUGGGCACAGUGACCAGUACGGGUCGAUGGAAAGUGUCAGCCAAGAUACAACAGUUGCUCAACACACUCAAGAGGCCCAAGCGACGGCCGCUGCCAGAGUUCUACGAGGACGAUGACAUCGAGCUGGAGAUUGCUGCCAACCCUAAGGACCCCAACGCUCCUAAACCUGAGGGUGGAACCAUGACUCCUGCCAUCGGGGAUCAGCUGGUGGUACCGUCAGGGUUACCACGAAACCUAGAGGCUGCUAUCCAGAGGUAUGGCUCGGCAACGUACAAAGCCCCCGUGGCAACAGUGCUGGACCCCAAUGGAAAACUCAGUAUUACGCUUACUUACGGCAAGCUGUUGAGCCGGUCGCAGAAGGUCGCGUACACAUUGCUCAACAAGUCUUUCAGCAAGCCUGGUGAUGGGACGUGUCUCAAGUGUGGCGACCGCAUUGCUCUAGUCUACCCCAACAAUGACCCGAUCAACUUCAUGUGUGCAUUCUACGGCUGCAUGUUGGCUGGCAUCGUACCUGUGCCCAUAGAGGUCCCUCUCACCAGACGGGACGCAGGGUCGCAACAGAUAGGGUUCCUGCUGGGCAGUUGUGGUAUCCAGGUGGCACUGACCUCUGAGGCGUGUCUCAAGGGACUGCCCAAGACUGCGGCAGGCGAGGUAGUCGCAUUCAAGGGCUGGCCCAAGCUGCACUGGUUCGUCACAGAACAUCUGCCAAAGACACCCAAGGACUGGCAGGCUUCACCUCGACUGACUGAUGACACCCCAGCUUACAUAGAGUACACGACGGACAGAGACGGCUCAGUGAUGGGAGUGACAGUGACUAGGUCGGCCAUGUUGUCUCACUGUCGCAUGUUGACUCAAUCCUGCAACUACACUGAGGGAGAGAACAUGGUGUGUGUGUUGGACUUCAAACGAGAAACGGGUCUAUGGCACAGUGUGCUGACCAGUAUACUCAACGGCAUGCAUGUGGUCUUCAUACCUUACGCUCUCAUGAAGGUCAACCCGGCCAGCUGGAUGCAGAUGAUCACCAAGUAUAGAGCAAGUGUGGCCGUAGUCAAGUCCAGAGACCUACACUGGGGGCUGCUGGCCACCAAGGAUCACAAGGACAUUAGUCUCAGCUCGCUGCGUCUGCUGCUGGUCGGUGACGGAGCCAACCCUUGGUCUCUGUCCUCGUGUGAUCAGUUCCUCAGUGUCUUCCAGGCAAAGGGUCUCAGACCGGACGCUGUCUGUCCCUGCGCCAGCUCCAGCGAGUGUCUCACAGUUUCUGUCAGAAGGCCUGGCAGAGCUGGAGUGAACGCCACAGGUAGAGGAGUGUUGUCCAUGUCAGGUCUCAGCUAUGGAGUGGUCCGUGUGGAUCAGGAGAACUCUCUCACAUCACUCACGCUCCAGGACUGUGGACAGGUCAUGCCUGGAUGUGUGAUAGUGGUGGUGAAGAUGGAAGGACCGUCGUACCUGUGUAAGACUGAUGAGGUGGGAGAGAUAUGUGUAAGCAGUGAGGCUACAGGCAGUCAGUACUGGGGACUGGCCGGUCUCACAAACUCUACGUUCAAGGUGCAAGCUCUGCUGGCAGACGGAAAACCUCUGAGUGACGCGCUCUACACUAGGUCUGGCCUACUGGGCUUCCUUGGACCGGGUGGUCUUGUGUUUGUGUGUGGGUCGCGGGAUGGCCUGAUGACAGUGACUGGUCGCAAACACAAUGCAGACGACAUCAUCGCUACAGUUCUCGCAGUUGAGCCGAUGAAGUUCAUCUAUCGCGGUCGCAUUGCAGUGUUCAGCAUCCGAGUGUUGAGAGAUGAGAGGAUAUGUGUAAUUGCUGAGCAAAGACCUGACUGCAGUGAGGAGGAGAGUUUCCAGUGGAUGUCGAGAGUGCUGCAGGCAGUAGACAGUAUACACCAGGUGGGCCUGUACUGCCUGGCGCUGGUGCCGCCUAACUACCUCCCCAAGACACCUCUAGGCGGCAUACACCUGUCGGAGUGCAAGAGGAGGUUCCUGGAAGGCACUCUACACCCAGCCAACGUACUGCUGUGUCCACAUACGUGUGUCACCAACCUGCCCAAGCCUCGUGAGGUCCACUCAGCCUCUGGCUGUGUUCCAGAUGUGGGUCCCGCCAGUGUGAUGGUGGGCAACAUCGUACAAGGCAACAGACUGGCGAGUGCGCAGGGCCGAGACAUGGGCAUCCAGGACGAGGAGUCUGACUCUGCAAGGAAGUAUCAAUUCAUCUCUGAGAUACUGCGGUGGCGAGCAGUGAGCACUUCUGAGCACGUCAUCUUCACACUGCUCAACGCCAAGGGAGGUGUCGCUCAACUGCUCACUUGCUCACAGCUACAUAAGAGAGCAGAGCGAGUCGGCUCACUGCUGCUCGAACGAGCAAAAAUAAACACUGGGGACCAUGUGGCGCUCAUCUUCCCACCGGGCAUUGAUCUCAUUUGCGCUUUCUACGGUUGUCUGUAUGUUGGUGCUGUGCCCGUGACGAUCCGACCGCCUCAUCCCCAGAACCUCCAGACGACUCUGCCCACUGUCCGUAUGAUCGUGGAUGUCAGCAAGUCUGUUCUAGUCCUCUCCAACCAGAAUGUUAUCAAACUGCUCAAGUCCAAGGAGGCCAGCAAUGUUGUUGAUAUCAAGUCAUGGCCUGUCACGCUGGACACUGACGACAUGCCUAAGAAGAAGCUGACAGCAAUGUACAGAGCUCCCACAGCUGAGAUGUUGGCUUACUUGGACUUCAGUGUUUCAACCACCGGAAUGCUGGCAGGCAUCAAAAUGUCUCAUGCAGCCGUGACAUCUCUGUGUCGAUCCAUGAAGCUAGCUUGUGAACUGUACCCGUCACGCCACAUCGCGUUGUGUCUCGACCCUUACUGCGGCCUCGGCUUUGCGCUCUGGUGUCUUAGCAGUGUUUACUCAGGUCACCAUUCCAUCCUGAUCCCCCCCUCGGAGGUGGAGGUGAACCCAGCCCUGUGGUUGUCAGCUGUCAGUCAGUACAGAGUGAGGGAUACGUUCUGCUCCUACGGUGUGAUGGAGUUGUGCACCAAGGGUCUAGGAUCCUCUAUACAGCAGCUCAAGUCCCGAGGAGUGUCCCUAGCUUGUGUCCGUACCUGUGUGGUGGUCGCUGAGGAGAGGCCGAGGAUCAACCUGUCCACAAGCUUCUCUAAACUGUUCUCAGCGCUCGGCCUCAGUCCCCGGGCUGUCUCUACCAGCUUCGGCUGCCGUGUCAACGUCGCUAUUUGCCUUCAGGGAGCGUCAAGCCCGGAACCAUCUUGUGUGUACGUAGACCUGCGUGCGCUGCGCAAUGACCGAGUGUCACUAGUAGAGAGGGGAAGUCCACACUCUCUGUGUCUGCUGGAGUCAGGCAAGCUUCUGCCUGGAGUCAAGGUCAUCAUAGCCAACCCAGACACCAAGGGACAAUGUGGGGACUCCCAUCUGGGAGAGAUCUGGGUGCAAUGUCCGCACAACGCCAGCGGCUACUUUUCUAUCUACGGAGAAGAGAGCGAGUACGGGGAACACUUCAACGCUCGCCUAGUUACGGGCAGCACAGGCGAGGUGUACGCUCGUACAGGCUACCUAGGGUUCCUGCGGCGUACAGAGUCGGUGGCAGGACAGACUGCGCCGGGGAUGGCCUCUGAGGCGACGGACAUCAGCGACCUGUCAGCUCUCACCAUCAACCCCCCACCACAAGACACGUCUGGUGAGCAGGAACAGUCCGAUCUACACGAUGCAGUGUUUGUGGUUGGAGCCCUGGAUGAGACGAUUAUGCUGCGAGGGAUGCGUUAUCACCCCAUAGACAUUGAAAACAGUGUCAUGCGCUGUCAUAAGAAAAUCGCUGAAUGCGCUGUGUUCACGUGGACCAACCUGCUGGUGGUGGUGGUAGAGCUGGACGGCAGUGAGAGCGAAGCUCUAGACCUGGUACCACUGGUGACCAACGCAGUACUAGAGGAGCAUCACCUGAUAGUAGGCGUGGCUGUGGUGGUGGACCCUGGCGUCGUACCCAUCAACUCACGGGGAGAGAAGCAGAGGAUGCACUUACGCGACGGCUUCCUGGCCGACCAACUGGACCCCAUCUACGUAGCGUAUAACAUGUGAAGGAGCUGCUCUCCCACCAGGGGCCUGUAGUGUGGUGAGGAAACUGUUUUGAAUGGAAGCUUUCUGUAUCAAUAAAUCCCAAUUAUGUUGGUUUUAAUUGUACCUUUGCAGUUUUUAAAUUCUUUGAUAUUCUUUUUAUACUUUUUAAAAAUGCUUUCAAACGACUUUUAAAAGUGCUGUUCAUUAUUGUAUUUGAUCCUUUUUUGUUGUUCAGUCAUAUGGUGGUAGUUGUAGUAAAAUAGUUUUUAUUCGUGAUUUAAGAAAGCAUCCACUCAAAACGUUUCCCAAAGACACUCAGAUGUUGAUACGAUCCCAGUUAACUUUUACAAUAAGGGCACAAUUUUUCUGUUUAAAGCUGUACUGCUGUAUAUGAAGUGGACUCGACAGAUUGAAUCCGAUAGUCGCUUUAUUGUAUUAGUGUAAUUAAUUAUCUUAGGUUGUAAAUGAUUUGUAUUCUAUCAUCACAGGAAAUUUAUUUUUUGUUGAAAUUUUUUUACGUUUAGCUCGCUUUAUAGUUUAUAUUGUUUCGAUCGACCCGUCCUUACGACAGGUUCGUGAGAAAUGGCUGUGUUAGCUUAGAUUUAGAGACGCUCUAUGUUCAAACGAGAUUUUAUUCGAGCGAACGACAAUUUUUGCUCGUUUUGUAAAUUUUUGUUAUUGUUUUUAUUUUUCAAGGGUUUAUUCACAAAUAACUUUUCACUCGGUUAUUAGUUUCUAAGGUGGCAAAUUACGAUCAAAGACACUGCCAGAUGCCGCUGUGAUGAUGGAAUAGAUUUACCCGUCAUAGGCUAGUCAUGAACCCCUGUACAUAGCCCGUAGCUGCAGCCGUGACCAGUAGACCACACUGUUUUGAUGUAAAAAUGUGAUUUCCCCGUUGUAAUUGUAUUUUAUUUUGUCAGUGUAUGUACGAGUGGAGUGAGCGAUUUUUUACAUGGGGCUCGGCCCAGCCAUACUCUUUGUACUAACUUGUAUAUACGAUUUAGAGCCCAGGACAGUCACUUAGCUUAGCUCGUUUAGGACCACUUGCAGGUUGUAAAAACUGUUUCUAAAUCCAAUUCUUAGUUCGAGACAUUUAGAGUUUUCGUAAGUUUCCUAAAGUAAACAUGUAACAGUCGAGUAAUAAUAUCAAUUAAAGUAGGUGUACCAACCUGAGUUGUUAGUCAAAUUUAAAAAGUUCUAAAUAGUAUUUUUUUCUUACAAAAUAUAAAUUUGACCGAAAAUGUGUUGUAUUUUAGUGUAAUGUAUGUUUUUAUUUAUGAACAUGAAGAGCCUGAGCAAAAUACAUGGUUUUAUUUUUGUCCAUCCAAUAUAUUUUACCCUCCAUUAAAAAUUUACUCUAAUGUAUUACGAAUAAUUAUUCUACAUUUAACAUGGUGUUUUCCAUAUGAUAUAACAAAAUCAUUUUUAAUUUGUUACUAGCUCUGUUUGUCUAGGGUUUUGUAAACAAUAGUUUGUAUGUAAAGAAUAAUUGCAAUGAAGUUAUCUGUACAAUUGGUUGUGAUUGAAAACAUAUUAAAUUUGCAUAGCAAAACAACAUAAAUUAUGGGAAAAUAGCCGCUAGUUUUUAUAUAAAUUAUGUACCAGUAGAUUUAUUUGCUGAUAGUUAUCCAGGCAUUACUGGAUCACUUCAGCCUAUCUUUGUGCCAAUUACAAGGUUGUACCACUGCUCAGCAUGUUUUAAUCCUUGACACAAUUACUUUUACGAUAAUUAUAUAUGUUACUUUGAUAUAAGCAAAUAAAUUAUUUUAUAGCAUGUCACAAUGAUUGUUUUAGAUUCCAUUUACAUCUUUUUGUAAACAUUUUGAUUAAUUCCUGUAUAAAUUAUUGAUAAUAUUAAUAUUUGUAUUAUUUGUCAUCUAUAUGGCUGUCGCAAGCUUUGGCAAAUAAACUGUUAAUGACAUUAAAUCAAAUAAAGUUGAAACAUUUGUAUA